UUUCAUACUUUCAAGCGCCUGAUCAGUUGUGGUUUUUUUCUGUCUUGGACUCUUAGCAUUUGGUCGACAAUGACGCGAAAUCUGAAAAAACUGGAUCCUGGGACCGCUCGCCUGCUUCACAGCACGCAGUCCGUCUCAUCGGUACACGGAGUCGUCAAAGAAAUCGUCGAAAACUCGCUCGACGCCGGAGCUAGCAACGUCGUCGUGAAGCUGGUAGACUAUGGGCUGGAGCGGAUCGAUGUCCUGGACAACGGUCGUGGAGUUGCCCAGGACGACCUCCCGCUGCUCGUUCUGCCUGGCUACACCUCCAAGUUGGCCAGCGAGGAAGACCUCCGGUCGCUGCGGACGUACGGCUUCCGAGGCCAGGCACUUGCCGCCAUCCUCGCCGUGGCCCGGGUGACAGUCGCAAGCGGCACCAAGGACCAGGAGUUGGGGUUGUCGCUGGUCUACGACCACCGGGGCAACAUCGUGUCCCGUAAAGUGCUUCCCUGGGACCAAGGGACGAGGGUGACAGUCGAAGAGUUAUUCAAGAUGGUGCCAGUCCGGAGAAAGCACAUGAACAAUGUCAAGGCCAAGGCUGCAGAGCUGAAGAAGGUGCAAAGCCUGCUUCAGGCACUGGCCAUUGCUUGUCCAGGUGUGGGCAUCAGUCUCCAUCACAAUGGAAGCGUCAUCUGGACAAAGACCCCAGCCAAGACACUCAGGGAGGCCGUCUGCCAAGUGUUUGGAAUUCCCGUUCUGCAGUCAAUGGACUAUGCGGAGUUCCGCGACGAAAGUGGAACGAUGACGAUAAAGUGCUUCCUGCCGAAGGUGGAGGCUAGGGGUGUGGCCAAGGGACUGUGUGCUUGCGACCCAGACAAAAGCAUUGUCCUCGUGAAUGGGCGUCCGGUUUUCGUGAAGAAGAUAUCGCAGUGCCUCCAGAGGGAGUUCUCCCUGGCCGUGGACAGUGCGCAGCACACAUCAGCAAAGCAUCCGGUGUGCGUCGUGCGCAUCGACCUUCCGCCGGCGGACGUCGACGUGAACCUCGAGCCGGACAAGACGGCCGUUGCGUUUGCCAAAGAGGAAGCAGUCCUGGCAGCCUUAGGAAACAUCCUCAGGAACGCAUUCAAGAGUGACGCCGUUUCCGGAACCAAAGACGUAGAAAUCGAGAGCGGAUCGUGUGACGACGUCUCACCUUCGUCGAGCAGUAACAAAGAAAAUAGGGGGGCUGCCGUCAACAGCGUCGGCAUUGCAGCUACGCCGGCAUUUUUCGAGGUCAACAAUAACGCAAACACCGGUGCCAGCAUACCACCAGAGAGACAAACCUACCAGUUUGGCCAACCCGAAUCGCGAGCUCCAGCUCCGAAAGAUGUGGGCACCGCGGAACCCGUUCGGACCACCAGCGUUCCAAAACGAAGCUUGCCGUGGUCUUUCGGCAUGCUUCGAAGCUCCCAGGGGACUCACAUUGAGGAGCCCACCAAGGUCCUCGGCCCGGCGUCCAAGAGGCCGCUGACCAGCCCGAUGAAGAACUGGACGCCUAGCAAGAGACAAACUACUCCGACAAAAUGCCCCAAAGCUCAGAGGCGGCUCACGGAUUUGCUCUUCGGGCAGCAUCCUAAGUCGGCCAGGGAACUCUUCUGCGAGCAGCGCAAGAAGGAAGUCCUGUCGCAGGCACCAAACACGACGCUAGACGAGCUGGACGACCUCCUUCGAGACGACUGGAGCUCACUGACUCCCGACCAGAGGCUGGAGUACGAGGACAAAGCCAAGCGGUCGCGAGGGAACCACAGUUCGACGAGCACCCAGCUUCGGCCGGCCCAGCCAGUGGUUCCAAGCCCGAGGUCCGACGUCCGCCGCAAGGAGGCCACUUCGACCCGCGCCGUUGUCCAGUUGCCGUUCUGCAUGAAGUCGGUCCGGGAGAAACUUGGCGACUACUGCGAGCUCAGCCAACAGCCGCUGAGCCGAGAGACAACGCUCAUCAUCGGACGCCUUCCCGACGCACCGAAAGAAGUCUGGUUGGUCUGCCACAAGGGCAAGCUCGCCACCCUCAACAUCACCUGCCUUCGAGAGGCGGCCCUUUUCCGCAAGUUGAAGCAAACAUACAUUGUUCCGGCGGAAGAGCUUCGACCGCCACUCGUCGUCACGGCAAGCAUGCUUCCAGAUCCGGCUUUGUGGAGCGUACUCUGGCGACUCAAGCAAGAAAGGCGAGACCAGUCCGGCUUUUCCUACGUCGUGGACCCCCUGCUGACAUCCAACGGAUUCCACCUGAGGCUGGUUCCUGGUCACCCCAAUCAGAAGGCUGACAUCGUGCGCAAGGCGAGCGGUGUGGACCUCGCUCACCUCGGCCAGAUCCUUGACAGGAUCUCCCGCAGCGCCUCGGAUUCGGUCGCCGUUGAAGAGGUGCGACCUCCGUCGGUGCUGGAGCUCCUCAAACGGGAGGCCAAGCGCAUGGUUCACGGUUCUGUCCCAAGCCCCUUGGAAGACGUUCGGGACGGCGCGGAGGAGCUGGACGAACUGUGCCUGCACGGGAACGCAAUCUGCGCUGCCUUCUUCGACACGAAGGACGUCUCAAACAUGUAGCGCGCCUUGUCCUUGCACUGGCACGGUCUCGUCAAGUUCCCCUCCCAAACCCCAGCGUUCCAUUAGUGGUUGUACUGUACUCCGUGUCCGCCAUUUUACGCCGCGUCGACGAGGCCAGCGUAGCUUCUGCGGUGUAGCUUCCACGAGCGGGUGUCUUCGUUUUGCGUGUGCCGGCACAACUAGGUUCGACAGAGUUGGAGCAUUGGUGGAAGCUGCACUGGCUUCGACGACGCAGUAGCGCGAGAUAAUCGACACCAAGUACAUACUCCAUUUAACUUUUCCUACUGCGGCUGGCGCCACUUUCCGAUGUAGCCAAUCAAGCGGUGCCAAAAGUGCGUCCUGACGGCGCCCGUCGUCUUUGUGCAUUUGCUAUCGCGUACCGAACCAAUCGCACUGAGUAAAUACGCCACAGUCCUUCCUUCCUUUUUUCUUUCUUUUUUUGCGUGACUGGUCUAGUUGGUGAUAGCAAGCCCACAAAGACAAGGAGCAUCGCGUCAAUGCACUUAAGGGGAGGCACUCCCUUGGAGGGUCUACUUUUUAAGUAUUUGUGCCAGGUCAAUGAAAUUUUUAGGGUAUUUUAAACGUCAAAACUUAGGAGGCUACACCAACUUUCAACCCAAAAGGUUUAUUUUUUGACAAGUUACAGCUUUAUUCGUUGAAAAAAAUGUACAUGUAGCAGUACCAAAGGAAAAAAACUAUCGUUUCAAAAUAUGAAUAAAAAGGCAAUAUUUCUUUGUUGGGAUAUAACGCUGAAUGACUAAACUAAUCGGUAGUAGGCUUGAAAUAAUUUUAAGGCCAUAUUUCACGUAAAAAUUAACUUUCAAUAAUGGUAGGAAUUUUUUAAUUUUUUCUUGUUUCACAAACGUCAACAUUUUUGUGUGAAGAAAUAACAAUUUUCAAAAGGUAAGCGCAUAGCCGAGUUCUCCAGUAAAUUUUAUGCCAAAAAAGCCAUACAUUAGACUUGGGGGCACUUAACUCAUCGAACGAUAGUUUUAGAGCUGUGAAAAAAAUGGUGAAAACAUGAAGCUGAGAAAAAAGGGUUUGAAAGUUCGAACAGUAUUUUAGUUUGGAUGGGGCUUGCUAUUUCAUCUAAAUGCUCCAGGGGCAUAUGUCACUCCUUCCUGUGCACGGUCCUGUGCCUUGGCCACAGCUUCCAUCUUCCUUUUUUUGUGGGACAUCUUGGAGGACUCGAGCGCUUUCACCUGGGCCUUCGCAACCUUCAUCUUGGUAGCCCUCUCUCCGUAUGACGCUUGGUAGCUCCCUGGCUGUAUGCCCAUUUCCAACAGAGCUUCCUGAUUCGCUAGGACAAGCCACGUCGCGUGGCUCGUCCUAGCGAAUCAGAGCUCUUUUUCACCAGCUUGACCAAUAAGAGCGUGCACAGCUAUGUUUUCUACGGGGUUUUACGGUCUGUGAGCACGAUAUCGCGAACAAUGCUGCGAACAGAACGAAAGAGGGCGAGACGCUCAUUCCAACGAGGGGGGCCUGUCCAUGCUAGUCCUAAGAAACGCGGAGGGAGCGUGCUUUGAAAAUGGCACAUUUUCGUAAUCGGCCGCGUCGUCGGCGCACACGUGCGGCCGCCAGCACUUCAAAAAUAAUUUAUUUCGGAGUAAAUACUUUACUUGCAGGAAUAAAAUUUUUGGACAGCAUUCUUUACGAGUUGUAAAAGCUGGUCAGCCUAUUUUCCAAAAAUGUGACUUUUUUGAAAAAAUCGCGAUUCCUAGGCAGUGUUUCCCCUUAACAACGCUGUCGGAUCGCGGCAUCUGCUGAGGUCGGACUUAGUGUAAAACAGGGUGUAGUACUGGUAUUCACUUCAGUUAAUAUAGUUAACAAGUGGGCAAGUUUUGCUGACAUCCGCGUUUUAUUUGCUUUGUCGGUUGGCAUUCCACCCCGGGUAUUUUGUGUUUGGCCAGACAGGGAUGCAGUCUGCCUAGCGUGAGGCGACCGGGAUUUGAGUUUUCUAUUUCUAGUUUGUUUUGUUAAACACUUUUUCACAUUUUGUGUACAUACAACUUUCUGAGUUGCAUUAUUUUUUAGGGAGUGCGUCCAGGCUGCGAGCGAGUCCCGCACGUGUUCUUUCCCAUGCUCCCAACAGUGUCCUGCUGAGAUGUGCAGAUACUAACUGCAUUCUUGCUCCCCAUAUUGUAAAUUAAAAAUCAUAUAAUAAUAUUAUUAUCUAAAGAAAAUAAAUGCCUCCCGAUCCCCCCUCCCGACACAUUACCUCUUUCCCUGAGUUGGAAGUGCUGUGCCAUUUGCACCAAAUUGUGCCACGAAUGAAAGUAUGCUGCAUCUUGCACCAAAGUGUCACAUUUUCUGAGAAUUGUGCCACAUCUUUGCCCACAUUGGCUCAACCGAACCAAAAGAAUAAAAAUAUUUUAUUACCUAUUGGUUGGAAAAGAAAAGUGCUCAAA